UUUUUUUUUUCCCGGAUGUGCCGCAUUAUAAAUGGAGAGUCCCACUUGGGUGACCAGUCUAAGUCUGACACAGACACGAAACAAGUUGAGAUGUCUGCAACGCGCUUCCUGUUGCUGGCCGCCGUCUGCUUUUGCCUCUCAGCCUUGACCAUCAGGGCAGAUGUCCCCCCAGGUGUAAUCCAGCCUCAGUGUGACUCGUACCCGCUGCCUGGCUGCCCAAAGAACCUUGAUCCAGUGUGUGGCACCGAUGGCCAGACCUACAACAACGAGUGCUUGGUGUGUUUGGAGAACCUACACAGGGAGGAUCCGAUCUUCAUUGUCAAACGGAACGCAUGCUGAAUCCACGGACGGACACCUGAGGGUCUGCUGAUCUUCACAAGCUCCCCUUUGCAACCCCCCCUGCAGGGCCCUGCGUCCUCUCAAAUCUCAAAUAAACAUUUGCUUCUGGAAUGAA